UAAUGUCGAUUUACGGCAGUAAAUUUCUGGAAAGACUAAAAUUUGCCGAUAAAGAUUGUCCCAAAAUACAAAAUAAAACAGCAACAAAAGGGCCUAAACGGAAACUCAUACUUUGAAAAGAUUCUCAUUAUUCAAAGCUGUUUAAUAUUGGUGUAUGUGUUUGGAUCGUUAGCCUUUGUUUUGGACAUUUUCUCUUUAAUAAUAGAAAACAUGGCGGUAGGACUGCCGGAAGUUGUUACUAUAAAUAGAGUUCAAUAUGUCAACACUGCACAUGUUUUUAGUUUGCCGGUAUGAAAAUAUAAAAUAAAAUGGAUCAACAAAAAGGACUUCUUAUAUCGAAUGUGUAUGAGUGUAAAGAUGAACUCGAAGAGAGACUAGAGCGGUGUUACAAUGCAGUCACAAGCCUGGUGAAUGGACUGUCAGAACGAGAAGCAAAUGAUGCUCUCAAUUCUCAUGUGUGUAAGGGUGCCCAGCAACACGAAGAGGUCCAGAUUGGACUGCUCUACGCCAUUCUCACAGACCCUGCUAAUGCUCCAAAGCACUAUCGAGACAUCAACCUGGUGACUCGUGAUUCUUUUACUAUCAUGUUAAACAGACUGAACCAGAUAGUGUUUGAAAAAUGGCUCAAGUUGAAGGAUAUAGGGCGGUCGCAGAUACUUUGGCUGACCCGAGAGCUUGUGAAAAACUCUGUACUUGGUGCCGACGGCGCUAUUAACACCCUUCUGAGGCAAAUUGCAGGAGGUGACAUAACGCCGAAAAAUGUGUGGUUAGCAGAAAGUGUUCUGGACAUUUUAGCAGAAUACAGGAGCUGGUUGGACAAGUUUCCAGGCUUGGUGCCGACGGUUAUCUACACGUUCCUGCGGGUGAUUGUCGACCACACUGGCCAGAUCUUCCACAACCUCCGACAACGUGAGGCUGAGUUCACUGCCUCUCUUCUCAGGGAUAAGUGGACAGAGUGUAUGGGUAUUGGACGUGACCUGGUGAGGCUGCUCCAGAAUGUUGCCCGCUUGCCCGAGUUUGAAUCUCUCUGGAGGGACGUCAUGCUCAAGCCAACAGUACUAGCACCUAACUUUACAGGAAUACAGCAGUUGCUUGGUACGCGGACAUCUCGGAAGUACCAGAUUGCGCGUCUUACUCCAGACAUGGAGAACAAGCUGAUCUUUCUGACUACCAAGGUGAAGUUUGGCCAGCACAAACGCUACCAGGACUGGUUUCAGAGACAGUACCUGUCAACGCCAGAGAGUCAGUCUCUACGUUGUGAUCUCAUCCGAUAUAUCUGUUGUGUGUUCCAUCCUUCCAACGAGCUCCUGUGUUCAGACAUCAUCCCCCGCUGGGCCGUCAUUGGAUGGCUCCUGCAAACAUGCACAUCAAAUGUGGCUGCAUCAAAUGCAAAAUUGUCAUUGUUUUAUGAUUGGAUAUUUUUUGACCCAGAAAAAGACAGUAUAAUGAAUAUAGAGCCAGCUGUUCUUGUGAUGUUUUACUCCAUAAAACCUCAUCCCGCCAUAACAGCUACUUUGUUAGACUUCUUGUGUAGAAUAAUGAACAACUUUUGUCCAAUGUAUGCAGAACAAGUCAGAUCAGGAAUUCACAAGUCCUUGAAAACAAUUUUGGACAAGAGAGUUUUACCGUCGUUACAACCUUUAUUUGAGAAUCCAAAACUUGAUAAAGAGUUGCGGGCCUUAGUUAGGACCACAUUCACAGAGUUCAUGACAACAGAUAUGGUGAAGGGAGAUGAAGAAGAAUCGGUGAACAAGGAGGUGGCUAGUCUUGACAUGGACGAGGAAACAAACCACAUCGUCCCUGACAAUGACCUGUCUGAUGCAGCAUUCUCUGAUGACGAGGAUGAAUCCCCACUGGCUAACAACAAAACUGAAAGUACUUUUAGGCCUAUUCGAGAUCCGCAACGCUACCAGUCCGUGGACAUAACGGAGCAUCUACAGCAGCUGGACGGAGACAUCAGAUACUUCACAGAACAGCUUCUCAAUGAAACUGUACAAGAGGACCAGUGUGAGAAGAUUGACCGCUUGAUGCAGAUGGUUGUCAGGGAUGACGAGGACUUUGACGGAGACAUGGCUGCCAUCCUUGCUACAUGCCUCUGUCAGAUCCUCAUUGACCAGUUUAACACUAACAUCUUCCCCGAGGACAUCGAUGAUGAGUCCCUGGAGGAGUCUAUUGGUACACCGCUGUUUGUGAUGCUGCGAUUCCUGAGCUCUACCCAAGAGGAGUCACCCUCCAGAGCCCCACUGUUCUCACUCCUAGGGGAGAUGUACCUCAAACAGCCUCGCAUAGGAUACAACCUCCUCUACUUCCUCAAAGUUGGGAAGGCGAAUGAUGAGAAGAUGCAGACAUACCGCGACUUUGUCCGUACCCUGGAAGAUGGGCACACGUUGGAGUCUUGCCUGCUGGCCGACAUGAAAAUAUGUGAGGAGGACGACGUACGGCUCUUCACCUUCCUUCUCCCUGACAUAUACACACAGUUCCCGAAUGUGUGUGUGGGCAACGCUGAGCUGCUACAGCUGGUCGUGUCGUCUAUUGAUGGGUCCCAGCUCCAGGAACUCAUCUGUCAAAUCCUUCAGGGAAAUCUCGUCAUGUUCCGCAAGGAGUCAUUCCUCAAAGUCCUAAACGCGAGCCUGGACUGGGAGACACUUGAACAGUACUUCCUGUGGCAGCUCAUCACUGCACACAACAUACCCCUAGACUACGUUAUGCCCAUGCUACCAAAACUAGAUUACCAUUGUCAUGCAGAGGCCCUGACCAGUAUCAUGGUGUUACUGAAACAGGAUUGCCCAUCGUCGGACUUGUUGCGGCCGAUCCUUUGUCGUGAGUGCAAGAAGAACGACUUUUUCACAGUUUCCAUCCUGAAUUACUGGGCCCAAGAAUUUGAGGACAAGCUGGCUGAUCUCAUAUACUCCCAGUUCUCCAAAGUGAAUGGUGGGACACCAAAUAAGAAAAGGCUCAGGCCUGGGUCAACAGCAAAAAAGGACAGUCCAUCAACUGACCAGAUCCUGGCACAUCUCGACCAUAUGAGACAGAUCUGCAGGAACAUAUCAUUGUUACAACACUCAAGUAUACAGACAGCCCUCCAGCAGAUUCAGCAGACAGCCAGUGACUCACAGAAAACCAAAUUCAGUGACCUGUUGGCAUUGGCGGAGGAUAUUGCAGACCUGAAGACGUCCCGUGUGCUACGGGGGUUACCGGGGCGACGGGCGGCAGCUGCAGCGGCCUCAAGCACCUCCUCUGGUAACAAAUCCUCCUCCGCUGGGAAGAGCAGGAAACUCGUGAUAGACGACUCCGAAAGUGAAUCCUCGAGCAGCGAGGAGGAAGCAAUAAAACCGCGUGCUAAGAAGAGAAAGAAAGCUCCACCAGUGGAUGACGACAGUGAUUGAACUGUUCUGAAUACUGACUGGUUAACACUCUAUAACAAGUCACUGACAGAUUGGUUAGGUUCCCAUGGUAACACAUGGGCAAACAUUCUCCUCCUUGACAUGCGGGAAUCAGCAGGUGAAGGUGCAGCAUGGAAACCAGGGAUGCACCCGGGUACAUGAGCAUGAACACAAUGGUGGGAGAAGACAAGCCCUGAUGAAAGUGCCUGUUCAUUGUUCAGAGAUUCAGGGAUGCUUUUAAAUAACUGCGACAUUGAGGCUGUUUCUUUUGCAUUCAUAGUGAUUUAUGACAAGUUGUUACAUUGAUUUUUGUUUAAUAAAUGACAAUUAAAGUGCUAAACUGUAAAUGAUCAAUAAAAUUGAAAUCAUA